AUGCUGCAGGAGAAAAUUGCUAUGCUUCGAGAAAAUGAGUCAUUGCUAAAAGCGAAUGAGAGUUUAAAUAUAGAAAAGGAGAGCUUACUGAAAAAUAAAGAAGUUUCCGAAGGUCAAAUCAGUGCCUUAACCAAAUCAUUAGAAGCGCUUCAUAAGGAUCUUAAGGACAGGGAGAAACUGGUGCAAGAUUUGAGGAAGACUUUGGAGCACCAACGGAAGGAACUUAAUGAUUGCAGAGCUGAAAUCACUGCACUCAAAAUGCAUAUUGAAGGAUCCCGUUCUUCACAGAAUGUGGUAGCUAUGGAUGUUGAUGUUGUCCAAUCCCGGUCCUUGGAAAAAUACAAGGAAGAGAUAAAAGCUUUGCAGAUGGAAAUUGAAAGAUUAAAGGCAAAAAGUACAAAUGCUCCUGACUCUGUAGGCUCUGUAUAUUCUGAGUGUAUGCAGACUGAAGAGAAAGUAGUUGAAGUGGAUCAAAAUAAAAUUGUAAUCUCUCACCCAGUUAGUAUGGUUGAAGUGGUAAACAGUGAAGAAGAAGCUCAGUCAUUGGCUACUCAUGCCCUUGAUGAUAACACAAUUAAACAACCUGAGGAAGUUUCACAGGAGGCAUUUACAAGUCCUUCAAAUGAAAAUAAUGCUUUAGAAAACAGUGAAAGUAUUCCCGAACAGAAUGAUGAACCACCUCCAGAAGACAGUGGGCUCAAUCCGAAAUCAGGCAGUCUUAGGGGUGAAGCUGACAAAACGGGUUUAGGAACUAUUCAGAUCCUAGCAGAUGCCUUGCCCAAGAUUGUUCCGUAUGUUCUGAUAAACCAUCGGGAGGAGCUUCUUCCUCUGAUAAUGUGUGCAAUUGAGCGCCAUCCAGAUGGCAGCACACGAGAUUCCCUGACCCACACACUAUUUAAUUUGAUCAAACGUCCAGAUGAAAAGCAGAGAAAAAUUAUAAUGGAUGCUUGUGUUACCCUUGCUAAGAAUGUUGGAGAGAUGAGAACAGAAAUGGAAUUGCUUCCUCAGUGUUGGGAACAGAUAAAUCACAUGUAUGAAGAGCGUCGGUUGCUUGUUGCACAAUCAUGUGGAGAGCUUGCAGAAUUUGUCCGGCCUGAGAUUCGUGAUUCUCUUAUUUUGUCUAUUGUGCAACAACUGAUAGAAGAUUCAGCAACUGUUGUCCGAGAGGCUGCUGCUCGUAAUCUGGCCUUGCUGCUUCCACUCUUUCCGAAUUUGGACAAAUAUUUCAAGGUGGAGGAUUUGAUGUUCCAACUGGUCUGCGAUCCAUCUGGAGUGGUGGUAGAAACUACACUUAAAGAUCUACUUCCUGCAGUUAUCAACUGGGGAAACAAAUUUGACCAUAUUUUGAGAGUGUUACUUUCUUAUAUCUUGAGCUCUGCUCAGCGUUGUCCGCCUCUUUCUGGGGUAGAAGGGUCUAUGGAGUCACAGCUGCGUGUUUUAGGUGAAAGAGAGCGCUGGAAUAUUGAAGUUCUACUGAGAAUGCUAGUAGAAUUGCUUCCUUUUGUGCAGCAGAAUGCAAUUGAGACUUGUCCAUUUUCGUCUGCUUCAGUGUCAAAGGGAGCUUUUCCUAGUUCCUUGCUUGAAUUGUAUGCAGGGGGACAUGUCGACUGGCCAACAUUUGAAUGGAUGCAUACCAACUGCUUUCCUGAUUUGAUACAGCUGGUCUGCAUGUUACCUCAGAAAGAAGAUAAUUUGAGAAACCGAGUUACUAAGUUUUUGCUGGCUGUUUCUGAACAAUUUGGGGAUUCUUACCUAACACACAUCAUGCUGCCUGUAUUCUUGGUAGCAGUCGGUGAUAAUGCCGAUUUGACAUAUUUUCCUUCAACCAUUCAUUCAAGAAUCAAAGGUCUGAAACCGAAAACUGCUGUGGCUGAGAAACUUGCUACUAUGUGUGUACUUCCACUUGUCUUGGCUGGUGUUUUAGGUUCUCCCAGCAAACAUGAACAAUUAGCAGACUACUUAAGAAAGCUGUUAGUUGAAGGCACCAUGAAAGAGAACCAUUCAGUGAAGCUCAGUGCUGAGACUGUUAAUGCUGUCCGCUUCCUCUGCACAUUUGAGGAAUAUCAUGGUAUGGUAUUUAAUAUUUUAUGGGAAAUGGUUGUCAGCUCCAACUUGGAUAUGAAAAUCAAUGCUGCCAAUCUGUUGAAAGUCAUUGUACCAUAUAUUGAUGCAAAAGUUGCUUCUACUCAUGUUCUUCCUGCAUUGGUUACUCUUGGGUCUGACCAAAACCUGAAUGUGAAGUAUGCAAGCAUAGAUGCAUUUGGAGCUGUGGCACAACAUUUUAAAAAUGACAUGAUUGUUGAUAAGAUACGAGUUCAAAUGGAUGCUUUUCUUGAAGAUGGAUCCCAUGAAGCAACUGUUGCUGUGGUCCGUUCAUUGGUGGUGGCAGUACCACAUGCAACUGAUAGACUCAGAGAUUAUUUGUUGUCCAAGAUUUUCCAUCUUUCAGCAAUGCCAACUUCUUCAAGUGAUGUCAUGCGUCGCCGUGAGAGAGCUAACGCUUUCUGUGAAUCAAUCCGGGCUUUGGAUGCUGCAGAUCUUUUGCUACCAAUGUCCGAGACUUCCUGUUACCUGCCAUACAAAACCUGUUAAAAGACCCCGAGCGCUGGACCCAGCACAUAAAGAAGCCCUUGAAAUAAUAUUGAAAGAAAGGUCAGGUGGAACUCUUGAUGCUAUCAGUAAGGUAAUGGGUGCCAUCUUGGGAUUGCAUCAUCAGUUACCAGCCUUUGGUGAAGGCGGACUAUUGGGCAAGAAAGAAAAUGCAGAGCCACUGACACCCACCACACCUGAGCCAGUUGAGUCCCCACUUACAGUCACUGCACCUCUUGCGGCAGAGGACACUAGAUUCAGGCGAAUUAUGAGGGGGAAUUUCACAGACAUGCUCAGGGGCAAAGCAAAGACCACAGAGGAUAAAUGAUGUAUUUUUCACUCCCAAUUCAGUUAAAGUUUUGUUUGGCAUUAUCUGAGUUCAAAACAUGUGAACAUUGAGAUAUAUGAUUUUAAUCAUUUUUUAA